UUUAGGAAAAAGUUAAACUGGUUCUACCAUCUGUUAGAAACACGUCAGCUUCAUUCAAAAGAUUUUCAUUUUUAAAUUAAAUCCAUUUUUUGGACAAAGAUAACGAAAUUAGCGAAUUUGGCAAGAGAUUUUAUUUCCAUCUUCGUGUCUGCGUCAGCACGUCAAGCCACUAACGGUUGUCACGUUGGACGUCAGCAGGGUGAGUGUUUUGAAAGGAGAUGCUGGUUAGCUGCUGAGCUAUUGGGAUUACACUACAGCGGAAAACGUAGCUAACUGGCCAGAUUAUGAACGGUGAAAGAUCCAGACCGGACUCCCCUCUGUACGGGUGAUGGCAGCGAGUCUGCAGUCAUAUGACAGUAACUCCAGUGACACCGAAAACUGGGAACGAAAAGCAACAAGCCGACCCCGCAAACUCUGCAAGCAUUCGAGCAGCAGCCAGGCCCGAGCAUCUCGAGUGGAGGCCGAACAGAGGAAGAUGAGCCUGCAUGGUGCCAGUGGAGGCUGUGAACGCUCACGUGACCGCCGCCGCUCCAGCGAUCGCUCCAGGGACUCCUCACACGAGAGAGAAGGCCAGCUCACCCCCUGCAUUCGCAACGUCACCUCACCCACCCGCCAGCACAACAGUGACCGUGAACGAGAUGGUGGCUCAUCAUCGAGGCCUAAUAGUCCUCGGCCUCAGAGAGUUUCUCCGAGUGGCUCCAGCAGCAGCGGGGUGGUGAGCAGCCGCAACAGCAGCCUGUCCAGCACUGAAGGCACAUUCAAGAGCUUGGGAGUUGGAGAAAUGGUUUUUGUCUAUGAGAAUCCCAAGGAGGGGGGAGCGAGUGCCACCAUCGGAAACCGAAACAUUCGGACCUCAGAAAGAGUCACUUUGAUUGUUGACAACACACGCUUCGUAGUUGAUCCUUCCAUCUUCACUGCACAACCCAACACAAUGUUGGGCAGAAUGUUCGGAUCUGGAAGAGAACAUAAUUUCACACGACCCAACGAGAAGGGGGAGUACGAGGUGGCUGAGGGCAUUAGCUCAACAGUUUUUCGCGCAAUUCUGGAUUACUACAAAUCUGGGAUAAUCCGCUGUCCUGAUGGAAUCUCCAUCCCUGAGUUGCGGGAGGCGUGUGACUAUCUAUGCAUUUCCUUCGACUACAGCACCAUCAAAUGCAGAGACCUCAGUGCCCUGAUGCACGAGCUGUCCAAUGACGGAGCUCGGCGACAAUUUGAGUUUUACCUGGAGGAAAUGGUUCUGCCUUUGAUGGUGGCCAGCGCCCAGAGCGGGGAGAGGGAAUGUCACAUUGUAGUCCUCACUGAUGAUGAUGUGGUUGACUGGGAUGAAGAAUAUCCACCACAAAUGGGAGAAGAGUAUUCGCAGAUCAUCUACAGCACAAAACUGUACAGAUUUUUCAAGUAUAUUGAGAACCGAGAUGUUGCCAAAUCAGUCUUAAAGGAGAGAGGAUUAAAGAAAAUAAGACUGGGCAUUGAAGGCUAUCCCACAUAUAAAGAGAAAGUCAAAAAACGGCCAGGAGGUCGUCCAGAGGUCAUUUACAACUACGUCCAGAGGCCCUUCAUCCGCAUGUCCUGGGAAAAGGAAGAGGGUAAAAGUCGCCAUGUGGACUUCCAGUGUGUUAAGUCAAAGUCCAUUACCAACCUGGCGGCGGCAGCGGCUGACAUCCCCCAGGACCAGCUGGUGGUAAUGCACCCUGGCCCCCAAGUGGAUGAACUGGACAUCCUGCCUAAUCACCCACCCAGUGGGAAUCACUACAGCAACAACUACUCCAAUGAGCCUGACCCUGAUGCACCUUCACCUGCUGUCUGAGGACCACACAAGUCCCCUUUACAAUGCCUCUGCCUCUCUCCGCCUCCCCUAGUCCUCCUCCCAGCAUGCUGCAGCAUGGAGCGCCAGGGGCACCAUAACCAUAUUGCCUUGACACCUCCUUUGCAGCCUUAGAGCCUCAAGAAUCUGGUUGACUGUAGAGAAUGAAAAUGAAGGACAUAAGACUGGGGGAAAAAAGUGUUCACUAUUAUUUUGAUUUUGUUUUUUACUUGACCAAAGGAAUUUAUUUUUCUGUUUGGGGGGGAUCAGUAAAACACUUAUUAUUAUUAUUAUUAUUAUUAUUGUUAUCAUUAUUAACAUUAUUAUUUGCAAUGUUAUUGUACCUUAAUUUGAUGGGUUUGGCUGAGCACUUGUGGUGUCACUGUUUUCUCACAGGUUUUAUUUCACCGAUUAGUUUGAUUUUUGAUUCUCUCGGGUGGCCUAACUACUAAAUGUGCUUUUGGGGGAAGGAGACAAGAAAAUGGAGAAAAUCUGACUUUAUGAUCAUGGAGUAAAUCAGUCAUCACCGCCUAGUGUCAGAACUUCUCUCAGAUGUCUUUGAAUCUUGUAAUUGGAUAUGUAGUCAUUGGCUGGAUCGAAUAUGUGAUGUUAUGCUCCUCCCGCAAGAUAUUAAGCAGAGCACAGGCUGUUGUGAUCAGAAUCUUUUUGUGCAAAGCUUGAAAUUGUUGUUUAAAAAUAAAACCUCAAAUCAUCAAAUAAAGACAUCAAAAGAA